AUGUCAGACUCAAUGAAUGCCAUUGUUAUCACAAAAUUUGGCGGACCCGAAGUCCUAGAGCAUCAAAUCGUUCCAAAGCCGACAGUAUGUACCGGGGAAGUGCUCGUCGCUGUGAAAGCUUUUGGCCUGAAUCAUGCCGAAAUGCACAUGCGCAAGGGUGAAUGGGAUGAAUGGAACCCCGUCACUGGAUUGGAAUGUGUCGGAGUUGUGGAGGCUUGUCCCGGUGGAGAAUUCAGAGUUGGUGAGACCGUAGCGGGCGUGAUGGGUGGACUGGGAAGAAACCGGCCCGGGGGCUACGGCGAAUUUGCGGCUGUGCCUGUCACCAACGUUAUCGCGGUGCAAACAAGCUUGCCCUGGGAUGAACUGGCUGCCAUUCCGGAAACAUAUAUCACUGUGUGGUCGUGCCUUUUCACCGUUCUUGAUCUCCAGCAAGGUGAAAGUAUUCUAGUUCGUGGUGCCACAUCCACUCUGGGCCAAGCUGCUGUGAACUUGGCCGUGAGUAUAGGCGCCCGAGUUACCGCAACGACCCGUCGCCAGGAACGCUUUGAGUUACUUGAACGAAUGGGCGUCGCAGAAACCAUCAUCGAGCGGGAUGGGCUUGACCGGAUCAAUGCAGUCGAAUUUGACAAGGUGCUCAAUCUCAUUGGCAAUCGAGUACUGUUGGAAUCGAUCAAUUUGACUAAAAGUGGAGGCCGUAUGCUUCAAGCAGGCUGGCUGGGAGGGUUGGACCCAGUUCCGGACUUUAAUCCAAUGCUGCAGAUGAAAUCUGGGGUACAUUUCAGUCUUUUCCAUGGGAAAGUUCUAGGGAGCCCCGGGUUUCCUUUCUCGGAAAUCCCAUUGCAACGAAUCGUCCACCAAAUUGAAAAUGGGGAGUGGGAUGCCCGACCGACGCAUGUUUUUGAUUAUCAGGAUAUCCGUCAAGCCCACAGAAUUCUGGACUCGGGGAAUGCGGGAGGGAAGAUAGUUGUUAAAAGAUGUUGA